AUGGAGGCGCCCGCAGCUACGCCGGCGCUGCCCGACGCGGGGGCGGCGGCGCCGCCCGCCUGCCGGCUGUACGCGCGCCGCUGGCUCAUGCUGGCCAUCUUCGUGCUCUGCUCGCUGUCCAACUCCAUCCAGUGGAUCCAGUACUCCGUCAUCACCAACAUCGUCACCGAGUACUACCGCGUCGACAGCAACGCCGUCAACUGGACCGCGAUGCUGUACGAGGUGCUCUACAUCCCGCUCAUCUUCCCCGCCUCGUGGAUCCUCGAGAAAACAGGGCUGCGCGUGUGCCUGCUGGCGGGCAUCCUGGGCACGGCGCUGGGCGCCUGGGUGAAGGUGUUCUCGGUGGGCCGACACCUCUUCUGGGUGGGCUUCGCCGGCCAGAGCAUCGUCGGCGGCUCGCAGAUCUUCAUCCUGAGCCUGCCCGCGCGCAUCGGCGCCGUCUGGUUCGGCCCCGACGAGGUCUCCACCGCCGUCUCCAUCGGCGUCUUCGGCAACCAGCUGGGCGUGGCUCUGGGGUUCCUGCUGCCGCCGCUGAUCGUCAAGUACCACGAGGGCGACAUGGAGGCGAGCGGGAGCGAGUUCGCGCUCAUGUUCUACCUGAUGGCCGGCUUCUGCACCGUGCUGCUCAUCGUCGUGGUUGCGCCUUUUACAAUGGGUGAUGCACUAUUGGCCGUAGUUGCCUCCUGCCUUGGUCACGCACUGCCUCUCGGUGUAGGACGCUGCGCCAGCCCUUGCACCUGCGUCGAUGCGGAUGCUUAG